AUGCCUCGCAAGAAGCGCGCGUCCAUCGUGGACACCCUGCUCAGCGUCAAGGGCGUAGCCAGAUUACUCCGGAACAUCAAGCUGCAAGAUCCUUUGGGGACGGACACUACUGUGGCUAGUGGCUCCAACAGCAUUGAGGAGUGGUCUUCCACCGAUCGCCGCUCGCGACGCACCUCAGAAUCCCCAGGGCGCAAGCAUCAUCGACACGGCCACACAAGCAGAGCGGUUCUCGAGUCCGAUAGUCGCUAUGCCCUCUUCCAAGACAGUCGCAAUGACUUCGCUGAACCUUCCACCGGCAGCCAAUCCACUCAUCGUACGCGAACCACCGUCCAGUCUCCCACCCAGCGGGCUGCUAGAUCUGUUGCCUCCUCUUCUCGAAGCGCCGCCAAAUUGGAGUCACUACGCAAUCAUAGGGGCCAUAGACACAAGGUCAUGCGCGAAGAUACCGAUCUUGAGUCUUCCGACUCGGAAAGGUCGGCCACAGGCCAGAAGACGUCUCAGAGUAGACAAAAGGACGACGAUAGAUUCAUUCACGAGUCUGUGCCUGCUUCUGCAGCGGAGACGACCAACACCAAGAAGGGGCCGCUGAAAAAUUAUGACAGCAAUUCAGAUGACAAUGAACACCCCACAAAGACAGCCCACGACGGUCGUUCUUCCAUCCGCCAGUUCACAAAGCAGCUGCCGCGCCGACAGGUUCGCUUCGUCAAAUCCAAUGCUCAUCUUCGUGGGUUGGUUAACGACAAGCUGCCACCGCCGAAGUACGAAAAGUUUGAGGCCCAUUACCAGAAGAUCUUGGCCCAAAAACAAAACCAGGGAUCGAGUGCUUCAGAGAAAUCUGAGUUCCGAUCUCCGAAAACGUCUUCUGGUGCACACCCAAUGUCAUCUCAGUCCGCAGUGGCUCAGUUGCUUACAGCUCCUUCAUUGCCUACUUCACCAGUCUCCGCGGAAUCCCGUGCACCUUCUCAGGCCACUGCGCCCAAAUCUAAGGCGGGGUCUGAAGUAUCAGUCUCCGCGAGAUUACCUUCCGCGUUGCGCACAAAUACUUCCACUACGGCUGGUACCAUUUCGUCGCCAUGGGCUUCUACUGCUUCUUCGCCCACGGUGUCUAGAGCGCCUUCUUAUACAUCGACUAGGGCGCCAUCUCAUACGGCUUCUAGAGAACCAUCCCGUGCUUCUUCUAGGGCUUCUUCUCUUACAGUGUCCAAGGCUCCUUCUCAUAUAGCCUUUAGAGCUCCUUGUCGUACAGAUUCAAGUGUUCAUUCUCGCACAACUUCCAGGGCACCAGAAGCCCAACAAGGCGGCCAUUAUUCCUUCAUUGCUACUUCAGCCGCUUCUUCUGAGAAACCAAAGCCUAGUGCUCGGAAGAGUACUUUAAAGCCCCCGGAUUCUGCCAAGUCCCCUCAUCCAGACUCUACUAAGGCUGCAUCCAUGUACAAGAGUCCGGCAAACGAGAAGCAUCCGCACAAGCAGUACAACCCGCAGGUUAACGAGGAACCGAGUGAGCUGGCCGGUGAACAUGCUGAUGAGCAUGUUGACGAGCAGCUCGGUCAGCACGCCGACAAACAAGCCAAUGAGCAGGGAAGCAAACAACGUGGCCACCAGGCCAAGUUUUUUAAAUCAACGAGCAGGGAGACUACACUUGGCGGGCAUGAAACUGUCCCAGACGUUGCCAGCAACGGGAACAGCGAGGUCCGUUCCAAUCAAUGUCACUUACAGGGACUUCUUCCUGAGGUCUAUGAUUGCAAGUACAAAACUCGACAUUGCUACGCCUGCAGUCGUCCCAGGGACAUGCGGUAUGUUGAGUUCAGAAACAGGUUCUUGCGGGGAGAGGAACCGCAGCGUAGCCUUUGCCGCACCUGUCGUCGGUGCCUUGAACGGAACGAGGAAUUCAGCCUGGUCCCUUACAGCACCAACAAGAGGACGCUCAAGGAUAUCAAGGGCUUUCACUGGUGUGCGCAAUGUGGCACUAUACGAUCCCAUAAAUUCCAUGAGCAUUACCCUUCAGGAAUCGACGUCCCUCCUCGUCAUCAGCUGUGCCAUCCAUGCUGCAACUUCGCCAAGUUACCUCCUAAGAACAUGUCUUCCACUUACAAGCCGCGUAAGCCCGGCGACGACGCCAGUAACGAUAGCAAGAAGCGAGCAGGUGGUGAUCAGAAAAGCGAGACCGGAAAACCCCUGCAUCGGCGUCAGGACAUCGGAUCAGCUAGUGAAAAUGGCCCUGCUGUGGCCACGUCCCUGUCUUCAAACAUCCCAGCUGAGGAAGCGCAUCCCACGAAAUCUUCGACACGUGUCAUUAGCCCUGGUCCAGGUCAUCAGCAUCAUCCCUCGAAGUCUCACGCAACCAGCGAAACAUCUGCGGCGCAAACCGGAGCUGAACGCUUAUCGCAGGCCCAAACCCCGAGACCUGCCGUCGAUUCUACAUCUGUCAAGUACGAAUCUUUUGGUGGCCUAGGUGGCUUCAAUGCAGAGUCAUGGAAGAUUCCAGCUGAUGACUCUCCUCCCCCUCAGUGCAAGAGGUUUACCACCCACUCUAAUGGUGGCCAAAGUGACGAGGGGCUGUUCUACGAGGAUAUACAUGUGAACUAUCAUGAGAUCCUUCGCCAGAAUCGCAACAAGCAUCAUCGUAACCGCUAUGAUGUCAGCUUACCGGAGAUAUGGCUCACAUCUCCCACUGAGGAAGCCCAUAUCACGCAGCCAACCGUGAUCUUGGAGGAGCAAUGCCCUGGAAGAUCCCUCCACGAUAAUCUUCCUCGGUUCUCUGUGAAUGAUUGUCCCGCGCGUGAUCGUUCAAAGUAUCAGCGUCAGCCAUCAAUGCAAUCAGAGGCAAGCAAUCUAACCGUACGCCCCUUGGAUAAUGACUUCUCAUCCUGCCGCAACAAAGAGAACUACCCAGAUUACCCUCCUCAGUAUACUACGCCAAGACAGUUCCAUUGGCCGACUGAGCGGGAAGAGGUAGACGAAAACCAGCCCAAAGGGCUUUCCGACAUGUUUUACGAAACAGAUGAGGGCAAAUGCACCGAUGCCUGGUUUGCCUCCAUGAGCAGCUGGUCAGAACCGAAACGCAACGCGAAAUCUCAGGUUGAAUCGACAGACAACUACAAAACUUGGCCUCCCGGCUCCUAUGAUACAACGGAGCGAGCGGCUCAUGAGUACCUAGGAAAGCGUCGGUCCAUAAGACAAAGUGUCAUUCCCGGUUCACCUCCCCAUAGCCAUGUGCGCAAGGCCAGCGACUCCUUGUCGGUUGAGACGGUCGCUCUGUGGCAGGGCGUUACUCCAGGAGCGCCUACCGCGGAGGUUACAGAGCCAGAAUCCCCAGCUGGCGAAGAGGGAGCGAAGAAGGGCAGCGGCUCAGCUGCGACGAAUUGCUAA